AUGCCAAAUAAGGAACAGACAUCAUUUAUUACAAUGGGAGAUUUUAAUAUCAGUCUUUUAAAUGACCAGAAAAAGUAUGGCAAAUCUACACAGCAAGCUAUUAAAGUUUUAUGUGAAAGUACUACUGAUAAAAUAGAGAAAAGUGAAUUUGUCAUAGAAGUAUUUUUGGACCUAUUUGAAGUGUUUGAUUUUUGGGUGGAGGAAAGUUUCACCAACUUUGAGCAAGGUAUUAACUGGAGAUCAUUUGUGGUAUGUGACGUGGCUUAUAGCAAUGUUAACAACUGGCUAUGGACGCCGUUCGUGGAGCGAAGGGACGCCAGCAGAAUUUACAUUGAAAUUAAGUUCAGCAUGCGGGACUGUAACCUGUUUCCCGGAAUGGCACUCUCCUGUAAGGAGACGUUCUCUCUCCUUUAUUACGAAUUUGAUGCGGCAACGAAAGAACCUCCUCCGUGGGAGCCCGAGUCCUACAAACUGGUGGACCGCAUUGCAGCGGAUGAAGGUCGCUUUACCUCCACAAAUGAAGUCAUCAUUAACACUGAGGUUCGUAGCAUACCAGUCACCAAGAAAGGGGUGUAUUUCGCUUUCCGCGACCAGGGAGCGUGCUUGUCAAUAAUUGCAAUUAAAGUUUACUAUAUGACUUGCCCAAACAUUACGGUCAAUUUCGCCUUCUUCCCAGACAGUCCUACAGGUCGAGAAGUUACAGAAAUCGUGGAAGUUGAAGGUCAGUGUGUCGCCAACGCUGAAGUUGUGGAUCCGCCCAAGCUGCUGUGUAAAGGAGACGGGAACUGGACUCUGCCAUCUGGCGGCUGUAAAUGUAAACCUGGUUAUGAGUCCAUGGACGGAAGUUGUAAAGUCUGUCCUCUUGGUACCUAUAAAACUUCAGUUGGAGACGGCCGUUGUGUUACCUGUCCUCUGCAUAGUGCUGCCCUCUACAAAGGUUCCAUCGAAUGUACAUGUAAUGAUGGGUAUUACCGAGCUACAACAGACGCGAAAGAUGUACCAUGUUCUCAACCCCCAUCAGUUCCACAGAAUCUGUCUGUAAACUUUGUUGACCAGUCAACAGUCAUCCUGGGUUGGCAGCCUCCUAGAACAUCUGGAGGUAGGACUGACACUACCUAUAAGGUGGUGUGUGAAUCAUGUGGUAAUGCUGUAAACUAUGUACCCUCCGAAAGGGGUUUCAAUGAAACCAAAGUCACCAUAUCUGGCCUCAACCCUGCCACAACCUAUCGGUUUCAAGUAUAUGCAGAGAAUGGAGUUUCUAGCUUUAGAAAAGGCCAGUUUGUGGAGAAAACAGUAACAACAGCUGCUUCAACUUACCACAUCUCUAUGAAAGUAUCCUUUAUGGUCAACAAUGUCAGAGUUUUGACUGUCAAGAGUACAGUUAUUGUUCUCGCCUGGGACCCUCCAGAGGAUCCAUACAUUCAAACUCAGUUAUACGAAGUCCGCUACUUUCGACGUGGAGAGGAGAGUAACUCGUCUAGUAUGUUAACCAAAAAACCAGAAUCACCAGUAUCUGGGUUGACUCCCAAGACUGAGUAUGGGUUUCAGGUCAGAGCAAAAACAACACUUGGCUGGGGAGAGUACAGUAAUGUUGUGUAUAUGACCACUGGCCAACUAGUGGACAGUACAGCAUAUGUGGAAGAAGAAGAUCAAAUUCAGGUUCGAGUCAUUGCGGGAGCAACAGUUGCUGUGGUUGUUUUAGUGGUGGUAAUAGUCGUUAUGAUUGUCCUAUACAUUAGAAGAAGUUCUGAUGACUGCAAUAAAAAACAGCCAAGCGAUUGUGAUACUCUGGAAUAUCACAACGGGGAAGUGGUUCCUGGCUUGGAACAUCCUCCAAUCGUUCCUACUGCUGGCAUGACUACUCUACUUUUUACCCAUUGUGGUGGUCCUAGGACUUACGUAGAUCCUCACACAUACGAAGAUCCCAACCAGGCAGUUAGAGAGUUUGCUAAGGAGAUAGAUGCUUCCCACAUCACUAUAGAAGCUAUUAUUGGAGGAGGAGAAUUUGGAGAUGUUUGUAGAGGAAAACUCAGAGUUUUUUCUCAGCCAGAAAUAAUGGUUGCCAUUAAAACCUUGAAACCAGGAUCGCCUGAUAAAGCUCGUGUAGAUUUCUUAACAGAAGCAAGCAUCAUGGGCCAGUUUGACCAUCCAAAUGUCAUUUACCUGCAAGGUGUGGUGACUAAAAGUAACCCUGUCAUGAUCAUUACAGAAUAUAUGGAUAAUGGAUCUUUGGACACCUUUCUUAGGGCAAAUGAUGGAAAAUUCCAAGUAAUCCAGCUGGUUGGAAUGCUGAGGGGAAUCUCAGCUGGAAUGCAGUAUCUGUCUGAAAUGAACUAUGUUCACAGAGACUUAGCUGCCAGGAAUGUUCUUGUGAACAACGGUUUAACCUGUAAAAUUGCUGACUUUGGACUGUCCAGAGAGAUAGAAAGUGCUGUGGAAGGGGCUUAUACAACCAGGGGAGGAAAAGUUCCAGUAAGAUGGACAGCUCCAGAAGCCAUUGCCUUCAGGAAAUUCACAUCAGCCAGUGACGUGUGGAGUUUUGGUAUUGUUUGUUGGGAAGCGAUGUCAUAUGGAGAGCGACCCUACUGGAACUGGUCUAACCAGGAUGUGAUCAAGAGCAUUGAGAAGGGAUACCGACUUCCAGCACCCAUGGACUGUCCAGAAGCUCUUCACCAGUUAAUGUUAGACUGCUGGCAAAAAGAACGUUCCUACAGACCAAGUUUUGCCAACAUAGUUAAAACCUUAGAUAGGUUAAGUAGGUGUCCAGACAGCCUAAGACAGAUGGCAAUAAAUAAGAACCAGAAUCCUCUAAAUCUUCACCCACCAGAUAUGAUGCAAUUCAAGUCUGUGCCAGAGUGGCUGAACAGUCUAAAGAUGAGUCGAUAUUUGGGGAAUUUCAAUCUGGCUAAUAUAACAACGAUGGAAGCAGUAGCCAGGUUAACUCAUGAAGACCUGACCAACUUAGGUGUGGCUCUAGCUGGACACCAGAAGAAGAUACUCAACAGCAUCCAGAUGCUUAGGGCUCAGGUUUCGGAAGGAUUCCUUGUGUAAUAUGUUUGUGUACACAAGCUAUUAUUGUUUAUAUAAUGGUUAUGCAACCUCUGUGCCAAGCAGAGUUUUGGACAUCCAAGUUCAAACAUGAAAUCAAAUGCAUCAGAUUCCAGUGUCCCAAAUGAUGACCAUAUCAGCAUGUUAAACAACAGAAGAAUAGGAUGUGUCUUCAGGUUUUCCUUUGGUGACCAUGAUAUCAUCUUCCCAUUGUGUUGAUAAUUGGAAGACUAGGACCUCUUCAUGUGAGCACCAUAUCCUCUUCUCAAUAUGUUGAUAAUCAGAAGAAUAAGCCAUGUUGUGUUAACACCGAAACAACAAACAAUUGAAGACUAGAAAGUGCUGGUGCUAGUGUACAGAAUGGAACUUAACUGCUGGAUGCAGAAAGCUGUUAGGGUACUUCAUCAAACUCUAGAUAAUGUAAAGAAACUUUCCUCUUUAAGUUCAGAUAGUGGCUACUUUUGACAUAAAAGUGAUCCCUUUGAAGUAUAAAAUUAAUUUGAAUGUGUAAACUUGUUGAAUAGUCAAAAAUUGGUACUUAAUUGUGAAUUUGUUGCUGUAUUAAUGGUUUUUUUUUGUUUUAUCAUAUUGCAUCAUUACUAGAUAGGAAAAAUAACUGCUUAUUCUCACAAUUUAAAAUUUUUCACCAGUAAAGACUUAUUUAUUUCUUUUCUGCUUUGUGUUAAACAAGCCACAAAGAAAGUGGCUGUGUAAAAUAGAUUUGUACAUUGUUGUAAGAUAGCUACAGGCAUAUAUAUAAAUAUAUUUCUAUAUAAAUACACAUGUAUUUAGUGAGUAAUGAUGUGGGUUGGUGUAUUUAGAAGUUGUUCAGUUUCUGGCUUCUGCAGUGGUAGUAUAGACUCCCUAGUCAAAAGGUCACAUGGCCAAGGCUGAAUGUAAUACUGUUGGGAGGAAAUAAAAUAUAAAAAUAGCAUGCGUUACUUUCCCCAUGGCAUCUUUUGGUAGAUAAAAAAUAUCAAUGGUGUAUUAGUUACCAAGUGUUGCUGAACAAGUUCUUAUUCAUCCAUGUGUUGUAGCAACAGUCUACUCCAACAUCCACUUGUUGUAGCAACAGUCUACUUGGACUUUAACCAAUCUUGUUUUCGGUAAUGGAAUAUUAAAUGAACAUU